CCACACGAAGAGGGACCACAAUGAAGCCUUGCCUUGUCCUUGUUUGGCUGGUUGCUGGUGCUGCAUCAACGUUUGUUGAGAAGAGGAUUGUGGGAAGUCAGUCCUGCAAAAGGGAUUACCAUGUCGACAUAACGUCUGUUCAGAAGGGGAAGCACUGUGGAGGGGCUCUGCUCAACACCCGCUGGGUCAUCACAGCUUCUCACUGCGCAGAGCAGGAGGUCAAACUGAAGUUUCGGCAGAAACUUUUCAUCUGGACAGCAGAGCAAAAGAUUCCAAGAGAACAGCAGUUUACUUAUCAGGAUGAGGAGGAUGAGGGGAAACCCCAUGACAUUAUGCUCAUAAAACUGAGUAAGGACGUCUCUGCUAAACUAUCCACCAUCAGUUAUAAUAGAAAAGACUGCGCGGAGCCAGAGGAGUAUGCAGAUGUGGAGAUUGGUGGCAUGGGAGCAAAGAAAGCAGGUGGUAAACUUGAGAAUGAAGUGAGAUGUGCCACCACACAGAUGACACAGUGUGGUGAAAAUGAUAAACCUGACAGUAAGUACAGCAGCAAUAAAGCUGCAGUGAUGUGCGCCUUCAAGCCUGCCGUGGAGUCCUGCUUUGGUGACGCAGGCACGGCUGUGGUGUAUAAAGAAAAGUUACACGGAGUCAUCGUUAGCCAACCUGUGGACAAGUGUGCACAGACCAUUGUAAUGCUGAACAUCUGUCACUACAUCGAGUGGAUAGAGAAAACCAUGAAAGACAACUGAAAAGUGCAACAUAAUCGACUAUUAAAGCAAUCUACUAGAAUGCAUUGUGUGCGUAUUUUUACAAUGAAACUGAAAAAAAAGCAAUUCACCUACACAUGGCCACUCUGUA